UUUAGCAUGGGUGCAUUAAAUGCUAGUGUGACACAGAUGGUAUGUUCCCGUGUUCCUUCCGCAUGUAGAUUUGGUAGAUUGCCGUUAAUAGUUAAUAGUUUAUAAAUUAUUAAGAAAAAAGGUAGGCUGUGAAGAAUGUGUUUAACCCGCCAGCCCUGAUGGCCCGUCGACUGAGAUAUUUUGCCCUGGCUCUCCUAGUCGGCGUGACAUAUUUGGCUUUAUUUCAUACUGUAAAUUUCCAAGAUUCUCCAGAGUGGCUAAAGGAAGUACAGACAAACUUGGAUCUCUCUGAGGAAAAACUUGUUGUCGUUAAAACCAAAGCAAGAUCAAGGACCUAUGAUUCUGCCGUUUCCCAACUGCGAACUGCAGAAUUUCCACGGACUGAUGGUUAUAAAUAUCAUCGGAAUUCAUCGCGCCUUGCCCGGGGAAUUAGCGACCCGAGACCAACCUCGGUUGGAAAAGAAGGCUUAACGCAAAGUAAUCUGACUCACAAUCCCACUAAGAGGUGCGUUUCUGUGAUGUUUUGGGGUCGCUUAGGAAACUGUCUCUUUCAGUUUGCAUCAGGCUACGCAAUAGCUAAAAGUAACGCAAUGGAUCUGUGUUUGCAUCGUUCUUAUCUAACGUCCUAUUUUCACCUGGAGAAGGACAUCAGGAUCAUUGAAAAGGCAGAAAUGGAAACGUUUAAAAGAGUUAAAGAGAAACAGUUGCCAAUUCACCAACAGCAAUUUGGGAACUUGAAGCAGUUUAAAACUGAUAUUUUUCUGGAUGGUUUUCUCCAAGCAUGGAGGUACUUUGAAAAUUAUGAGAGUGAUGUUAAAAGUAAAUUGCGAUUUCAAGAUGAUAUUAUUCGUGAUGCAGAUUCAUUCAUUAAUUCAUCCCUGAAACACUCCUCUAAUAACGCCCGUGGUAAAAUUACGACGGUAGGAAUUCACGUAAGGAGAGGCGACAUGACUUCUGAGAACAUGGUAGCACUCACAGGACCGCUGCCGGACAUGGCGUACUUUAACAGCGCCAUGGCACAUUUUCAAUCUAAAUACAAAAACGUAUUAUUCUUUAUUGCCAGCGAUGACAUUGAUUGGUGUAAACGUAAUUUCAAAUCAAAGAAUGUUGUUUUUUCGGAAAAACACAGUCCAGUCGUAGAUCUGGCGAUAUUGUCACGAACGAAUCACGUGAUAAUAUCAGUGGGUACUUUCAGUUGGUGGGCGGGGUACCUCUCUGGCGGAGAAGUUGUGUACCCCAAGAAAUGGCCCGCUGAAGGAUCAAUUUAUCAACGUAGACUGAAGAUGCAGGACUACUAUUACCCUACCUGGAAAAGUAUGUAGUGGUUGUGUUACAAGUGCCAGGCCACCUUAUUUUACACAUGAUUAAAAUUGGAUUCACCAUAUGUUAACUAGUCUCCUAGAUUAGAAAGAGCUUAUUUCUGGUUUCGUUUUUCUCUUUCCUCCAUAUUUAUUCAAGAAUGUGCCCAGCGAUUUCAAAGGCCUUUAUCUCAAAAAUGUGAAAUAACAUUAUAAACGCUCCUUCUUCCAAAGUAAUGGAAUUACUGGCUAAUUGAAUGGCUGUUGCCAAGAAGGACAAAAUGCUUCCAGUGCCCUUUCCAAAUGUGUUAGUGAAGAAAUGGACACAUUUCAGGGGGAGAUGUGCUUAUUAGCCUAAAGUUUCCGUUGGUAUCAUGAAUACCGACAAGCAUCCAUAUUAGAACUUC